GGGCGCGGCCAUGGCGGGCUGGACGUGCUGCCGGGUGGCCGCCGUGUCGUGCCUGGUGCUCUGCCUCUCCCUCCUCCUGCCGCGGACCUUCCUGCCCCGGGCCGGCGGCCGGCAGGAGCCCGGGGCCGCGCCGCACGCCGCGCCCGCGCCGCCCGACGGCAAACUGGGUCGCUUUCCACUGAGGAUGCAUUCCCACGGCACUCCUGACGGCCGAGCUGUCCCUCAUUUUCCAAGGUCUCACCUUGCUGAAGCAGUUGCCAAAGCCAAGGCAGGUGGAGGUGGCAGUGGAAGCACUGGUGGAACUGGGAGAGGUCUUGUGGGGCAGAUCAUCCCUAUAUAUGGAUUUGGCAUCUUCUUAUAUAUACUGUACAUUUUAUUUAAGCUGGCUUCCAAGGGAAGAACUACUCCUGCAGAGCGGAAAUGCCCUUCUGCUACACCUGGAAACAUGAAGAGGAAAAUUACUGACUAUGAACUCACUCAACUCCAGGAAAGACUGAGAGAGACAGAAGAAGCUAUGGAAAAAUUAAUCAACAGAGUAGGACCUAUGUAUGACAGUGUGUUAUUUGGAAGAAGAUGACAGGUAGAUGUAAACAGAAUAUAAAACCUCUACAUUUGAAGUACAUAAAACAACCUGUCUUAUGUGACCAAAGUAAUAUCCUGAAUUAUUCUUUUCCAGUU